UAGUUUCUGCUCGGCCACGACCAUGCUGUACUUCUGCGAACAGGCCACGGUCGCAUUGGUUUUAAAGACUGAAGAUAAAUGAUCAUUUUAAGUUACACGUGACACAAUAUCAUGCAAUUAUGUACUCCAAGAAAUGUUCACGACUUUUUUUUAGGUUGUUAACAGAAUCGACGUUUAGAUUUACGUUAAUCCGAAACGUGUCCUCCAGUUCAAAAUCCGUGCGGUCUCUGUGCAGCUGGACGGUGUGUCGGAAUUACCGGCAGAGAAAUCAGCUGUCAAACGGACUGCCCCGUCUAAAUCUCCGCACAGUUUCUCAGACUACUCUCGACCCCGCAGAGGUGCGGAAGUUUCAGGCCAUGGCGAGCAAGUGGUGGGACUUGCAGGGAGAGUUUGCUGCUCUGCACUCCAUGAAUGACCUGAGAGUGCCUUUCAUACGGGAUAAUUUGUUGAAUGUGCACGGUGUACAGCAGUUGGGCAAACCUCUGGCUGAGCUCAGAAUACUGGACGUUGGCUGCGGUGGAGGGUUGCUGAGCGAGCCACUAGGAAGGCUGGGAGCAGAUGUGCUUGGGAUCGACCCAGUGGAGGACAGUGUGCGAACUGCAGAGAUGCACUCCUCCUAUGAUCCCAAUUUGCGGGAAAGGGUUUGCUAUCAGGCAUGCACACUAGAAGAGCUUGCUGAAGAAGAAGCCGAGGGGUUUCAUGCUGUAAUUGCAUCUGAGGUGGUGGAACAUCUGGCUGACCUGGAUGCCUUUGCCAGCUGCUGCCGGCAAGUGCUGAAGCCUGGUGGCUCUCUUUUCAUCACCACUAUUAACAAAACCAACUUGUCCUAUACUCUUGGCAUUGUGGCAGCUGAGCAGCUGUUAAGGAUUGUACCAAGUGGAACUCAUGACUGGGAGAAGUUCAUCAGCCCAGAAGAUCUGGAAAGACUGCUAGAGUCAUCUGGUUUCUAUGUGGAGGCUAUCAGAGGCAUGAUGUACAAUCCUCUCACAGGAGUGUGGAGCUGGCAGAAAAGUACGGCCAUCAAUUACGCAUUGCACGCUAUCAAACGCAAAGAAGAGCCCCAGCCUGAGCAGACCUGGGCUGAGAGUGAGAAUCUGGAUAAGCCAGGUCAAGCCCCAAGUUACAGCUAAGCUUUUGCAAAUGUUGGAGCUGCCAGCAGUUUCACUUUUAUCAAAAGGCGGGUGAAGUUAUGAUCAAGACAAAUUCAGGAUCUCAGACUUUGCUUAGUUCAGAAAUGGUGAACCAGUAAGAUAAGGUAGGAUUAGGUUGUGUUCCUUCAUAAAACAAGCUUUAUGAAGCUAGACUGAGAUGUGAAGUCAUGGUUGAAGCACUUAUAUUUGAUCAACAACACAGUCUUCAUGUCUCCUGCCUUUUUUCUCCUUUGUUUUUUUUAAACACAAAUUACUUGUGUGUUCUGUGGUGUUGAUCUUUGGUUGGUUCCAUAAAAAUAAAAUCAGUCAAAUAACACUGACUAAUAUGUGAUAAGUUGAUGCUUGUAAAGUACCUACUAUACAAAGUUUGUUAUGAUUGUGGACUUUGUCGUUUGCAAUAAAAUUCAGCAUAUGUGUG